AUGCACCAAUUCUCAGGCCCUGUGUGCAAGCACACAGACAGAAUAGAUUUGGUCCUCAUGCUUAUUACCCAACCGUCAAUAAUGUGGAUACAUGGCGGGUUUUGUUCGCUGGCAUAUGUACUAUACAAUUGGUUUUCCACACUUUUUCCGCGGGUUCUUGUCCUGGGCCUCAUGUCAUGGUCUUUGUAUGUCGUUUUGACAGGGCUACAUAGUGAGUCCCAUCCGUCAUGGAUACGUACAUUUCAGAUAAUUAUAACAGCAAUGUUCGUCUUAUCUAUGUACACAUACUUCAAAGUCAUCAUAGUGGGCGCUGGGUCGCCUCUAGACUUUCCGGAGCUAAAGACAGAUGGAUCAAAGUCUUCUACAGAAAACCCAUAUCUGGCCACGGACGAGGCCAACGAGCGGCUUCUCGGGAAUGAUCCAAGCACAGCAAGAUCACCACCGCAGGAGCUUUUUGCGAGCCACACAUUCAAAAACAACGCGCCUGCUUAUCGCUGGUGCUCAACUUGUGGCGUGUGGAAACCUGACCGUUGCCACCACUGUUCUACAUGUCAAAAAUGUUUUCUAAGAAUGGAUCACCAUUGUCCGUGGUUCUCAGCAUGUAUCGGUUUCUACAACCACAAAUUCUUCAUCCAGUCGCUCAUUUAUAUCACGGUGUAUUGCAUGCUUACUCUCUGCGUGAGUGGGGCAACCCUUUUCGAAUUUUUCUGGGAUCAAGACUAUAGCGAUUCGUACAUUUCGCUAAAUAUGGUAUUUUUGUUUGUGACUUCUCUAGCGUUUUUCGUGGCUGUGGGGUUGUUUCUGGCGUUUCUGCUUUAUAUGGUUUUAAAAAACUACACCACCAUCGAGUUCCAAGAUAUCAAAUGGCAAUAUCUGGAGCUUCAGGAUAGCGGCUACGAAUUUGAUGCUGAUGGAAAAAAGAGGAGACUAGGCCACAUUUACGAUUUGGGUGCUUGCAGGAAUUGGCAAGCAGUGAUGGGCACCUCGUGGGUUUCUUGGGUAUUACCAAUCGCGGUGACAAACCGCAAACUUACAGGAACAUUUAACAAUGGCAUAAACUUUGAGGUUGACGAGGAACUAUUUGAAAAAUAUCGGCACAAUGCAGAAAUACAACAACAGCUCAACCGGCAAUUGGCCGAGUAUAGAGACCGGGUGCGAGGAGUUAGAUGA